UCAGUGAAGAUGAAGAGCUAUCUAACACUCAUUUUUUUGUCUUCUGUGAUCAGACUCACCACAGCUGGAAACGUGAGGCUGGUGGGUGGUAAUAAUUCCUGUGCUGGUAGAGUGGAGGUUUAUUAUAAUGGAGAAUGGGGAACCGUGUGUGAUGAUUAUUGGGAUUUGAGAAACACUGCAGUGGUGUGUAGAGAGCUGGGCUGUGGCAAUGCUUCGUAUACAAUGCGUGUUGCUGACUUUGGGCCUGGAUCAGGAAAAAUCUUGAAGGAUGAUGUGGUCUGUAGUGGAUCAGAGUCCUCAAUUCUCAAUUGCAAUAGUGCAAAAAUGAGUGACAUUGACUGUGAGCACAGUGAAGAUGUUGGAGUUAUCUGUUCAGGCAUCAGGCUGGUUGGAGGUUCUCGCUGUUCUGGAAGACUAGAGGUUCCUCAUGGGAACACAUGGAUGUCAGUGUGUGCUGCUGCCUUUGACCAGCAGGAUGCAGAGGUUGUGUGUAGAGAGCUGGGCUGUGGGGCUCCUGUACAGGUGCUGGGAGAAGAUGCUUUUGGCAAAGGAGGCGCUCAGAUGUGGACACAAGAGAUUCAGUGCAGAGGAAAUGAGUCUCAGUUUGCUCUCUGUCCAACUUCACCUUCACACAAUUGUUCCCAUGACAACGAUGUGAGCGUUGUAUGUGCUGAUUACACUGAUCUCAGACUGGUCAAUGGUCCUGACAUCUGUUCUGGUCGAGUUGAACGUCAACAGCUGCAGUGUGGAGUGGCCCUCAGUAACCCGCAGGUACCAGCCUGGUUUGGUCCUGGUUCUGGACCCAUAUGGCUGGAUGAGGUGGAGUGUGAGGGGAAUGAGACGUCCCUGUGGAGCUGCUCUUCUCCAGGCUGGGGAAAACAUGACUGUCAACACAAGGAGGAUGUAGGAGUCGUGUGCUCAGGUAAAUAG